AUGCAGGAAAGUCGGGUCAAGUCAAGACCAAAAUGCGCCAAGAAAACCUCGUCGAGUGCUCCGAAGCUGCAUGCAACUAGUACGGGCAAAGUCGCGAGAUUUAAGGAAGAAAAACACCUGAAGAUUGAGACACGGGAUCUCGGACACAGUGAAGUAGCGCCGGGUGCAGAGAAAGGGUCGAGUGCUAGUAAAAAGAGACGUCGACGAUUGGCAGCGGAAAUUGACCGCAAAUACAAAUGUUGCUUUGCAGCGUGUCAGAAGGCAUAUGGUUCGGAAGGUUCACUGAUCCAUCACCAGAAACUUAAACACCCAGAGCAGGUGGAUCGACGAGAGAAAGAAAGCCAAGUUGGAACGCUUCUUCUGCCUUUACAUCGAAAUGUGAUGAUUCGACCUGCGACACCACUCAUGGCAAUUGCUAAUCACUCGAGACUUUUGCCAGGUAAGCAAAGCACGAACGCAGGCAUACAUAUGCCCAUAGCUCCGUCAAGUGAUGCGCCUUCAGCUGCGAAAGCGUCACGACGCAGUGUGCGCUCACGGUCAAACUCAGAGCCUGCCGCAUUUUUCAAUGAUAAGAGCAAUGCGAGAGUCUCGUUGACAAGGACGAAGCUGAUGGACAAAGCGUGCCCUAAAUUCUCGCGCAAGCCACGUCGAGGCUGUACUACUUCACAAGCUUUCAAGACAAAAGGUACUGCUAGAAGUACGAAGCUUCGGUCGAAGUCGGAGUCUUUGACUGAGAUGAACCCGAUGUAUCAACUCGACGAGAUCAGACUUUCAAUGUUUGAUCGAAGCGAUGACAUGUCAAAUGAUCCCGAACCAGACUUGCUCCUCAGCAGCGUUAUUCCGUCUGCUGAAAACGGACCUUUCGAGUGGCCGGGGACUACGAUUUCGGAUGCCGAAAGUUACAUGACAGUGCCAUCAAGUGAUGAGCAGGCAAUUGACAGCGACAUUUUAUCCGUGCUGGCAACCUGUGACACUGGAGAUCCAUCUGUGUCCCAAUUGGGGGGAGUUCCCCCUCCGACCAGUCCGUUUCUACCCAGUUUAGAAUUUGGCGAGCUCGAGAACACUGAGAUGCUUUCAGUUGGAUCAGAGUGCUUCCAGAUUGCCGAGGAUGCAGCGUUACCGACUCAAUUGUCUCAACAGCUGAUCACGAACGAAGCCGAGGUCGAUCUUGGCAUCGAUGCUUUGUCUGUCCUGGGCAACGACUGGUCCAAUACGGUGCUAUUGUCUAAUCAUUUGGAGAAAAUGUCGAUGGCGCCGGGAGACUCCCCACCCCCAAGCACAGCACCGAUGUUCGGUAACGAAGUGUUAAGUGGAGGGAUCAAAGAAAGGGUACGCUCCGCAUCAGACCCUGUUCUCGCUGCAGCUUCUGUCUAUCCCCAGUUGCACCAUGUUUUGUCGAUGCCGCUGGAUUUAGCAUCUGCCAGAUCUUCUGGCCAAUUGACCAGCUAUCGCAAAUUGGGUGGCCACAAGGAUACAGAUUUUCAGCAGUGGUUUUCGUGCAGCGCAGCGAAAGUUGCUAAAGCGAAUGACGGCGACACCUAUCAGAUGCUCUGGUUGCCGAGUGAACACGAUUUUGCCGGUUCGAGCAUGCAGCAGCAGUCGUCGGAUGAACUCGACCAACUGCUUCAGUAUGACGACACGAUAGGAUGCAAAUACGCGGGUGUGUUUGCGGAUGAUAUAGAAGUAAAUGAUGCGUUGGAUGACACCGAAAGAUACCAACGCGAUAUUGAUGAAGCGCCGGAGGGUUGGAAUGAGUGA